AUGAGUUUAUUUAUAGGUUCUUUAUUUAUGGAUUUUGAAAUGGAUCUUUCAGCAUGUGAGAUAUUUAAACAUAUUGGUGUUUUGGUUGUUGAGGGUAGACUUCCAGAAAAUAAGUGUGGAAGAAAAGCAGGAGUUCACUCAUGGCCAUUAUCCAGAAAUUCUUUUAAGGAAUGUUGUACUAACGAUUUAUCUAAGCAAGCCAAUCAACUUUGCAGUUUAGUGGAAAAAACAAGAGACAAAAUUGAUUUAGCUUUUAAUAAGAAGCAAAUCGUUAACAUAGAUGUUGUAUGCAGUCAAGAUGAGACAUUUAUUGAACGAUUAUCUAUAGCAAAUUCUAAAUCUUUAAAUGAUUAUUGUUUAUUGGAGCAGUGGAAAAUAGAGAUUAUGAGAAAGAGUGAGGAAAGUUACAGGAACACAUAUUCAAGUACAGAAAUGGUAUUUCAAGCUAUUCGGUCUUUUCUCCAUUUUUCACAACUUAGUGCUUGGUGGAGUAAAACAAAUGGCGUAAAUCCUCGUAGCAUAAUAUUUAAAAUUUCUUCAUGCAGUUCAAAAUUGCACUUUGGAAGUGCUCCAACAGUUCAUACAUUUCCUAAGCUUGAUAUUUCCAGUUUUGAAUAUAUACAAACAACAGUGCAUUCUCUACCUAGAAUGGAACUUAGUUACAUACUAUCCUUAAUGAAAAAAUCAAAAAAUGAAUUAAUUUCAAAUAUUAAUACAGUUCCUCUUCAAAAUUCUUGGUUUGUUGAUAGCCUAACUCCAGAACGAAUUGUAGGAGACUCCUUUAUUGGAAAACGUAAGGACACUAAUUUAGAUUUAUACUUCUCAGAGAAUUCAAGAAACAUGUUUCAUAUGGGAAUAAAAAAUCCAAAACUUGAUUCAAACAUUGAAAAUAUGAAAAUAAGCAAUCCUGAGACAACAACAACAACAAGUAGUGAAUCCUAUAAAAUGGAUCUUGAUACCUGUAACAUGCAAGAAAGGCAUAAUGUUCUCACUGAUUUGAUGCAAGACUUUGAAUUAGGUAACAAUGAUCAAGUUAUACAUUUUAAUAAAACUAAACUGAACUCAGAAUGUUCUUAUGGAAAUUUUUUAACAAAUAAAAUUGAUCAACAAACCAAAGGACCAAAAUCACGAAGUAAAUCUGUUUCUCCUCAUUUUACAUCAAGAUUUCAGGCAUUUUCACAAGACAAUUCAAAAACUAAACCUAUUUCUGCUCGAAGGUUACUUAUGGGUGGUAUAACAACUGCAGAGUUUAAUGCUAAUACUGGUCUGCCUCUAUCUUCAAGUCCUGCUCCUAUGAAAAGAACAAGGAAAUUGAGCAUAGGUAAUUGUUGUGAAGAUUUUUCAACCAGUAACUCUUCAGAUGAAUAUAUAGUUUUAAGUAAAAGUGCACCUGCAUCAACAAGUCUUCUUGGAAACUUUGAGGAAUCAGUGUUAAAAGGAAGAAUGCCAAUUAAUGGAACUUUAGAGGGUUUUCGUGCUGAACUUGGUGCAAGUGGUUCAUUUUGCCCCAAACACGUUAUGUUACCUGUUAAAGUUCACUACUUUCAAUUAUCGGAAGAUAAAAGUGUCCCCUCACCUUAUCUGGGUCAUAUAAGUCUAUGUGAUAGCUUGUUGCCAGGAAGAAAGUAUAGAGUUCCAAAAAAGGGCACAGUACAACUAACAGUUUUUAACCCAAACGAUACCGUAGUAAAGAUGUUUAUUGUGUUAUACAAUUAUACUGAUAUGCCUCCAUCAUCAAGAACGUUUCUCAGACAAAGAAUAUUUUCCAAACGAAAGGAUUUGAAGACACUGGAAGACGCUCAAGUACUUCAUUACUUAGUUCAUUUAAGUUUUAUAUCGUCCAAACAUUCGCGAGUAUAUCUUCACACUGAUAUUCAAAUAUUAUUUCCUCAACAAACUCCGGACGGUCAAAUGUUUACAAUUACUGAUGGCCCUAGUGAUCCGAAAUAUACACCAUUUGCCAAAUAUAGUUCUUUUUCCAAUGAUGUUUAUGAUCAAACCAACGGCUAAAUCAAUGGUUACUUAUGGGUGCAGAAAUCAUUUAAUUGUUUCAAAAAAAGAUUUUCCAUCAUAAUCCUACCAUAUUUUGAGGUUUGGUGCUCUUCAAUUUGACACUUUUUGUUCUUUAUUUGGACACUGGUUCUUAAUUUCGAUAUUUGUUGUUCUUAAUUUUGACACUCGUUUUUUUACUAUGACAAUCUUUAUUCUUUAUUUUGACACACAUUGUUCUUUACUAUGACACUCAUUGUUCUUUACUAUGAGACUCGUUGUUAUUUACUAUGACACUCGUUGUUCUUUACUAUGACACUCGUUGUUCUUUACUAUGAUACUCGUUGUUCUUUACUAGGACACUUAUUCUAUACCUUACCUAAAUGCUUUAACAUAUAUUUCUAAAUGAAACCUUUAUAAACAUUUUGUAGGGUUGGUUUUUUUUCGCAGUAUUUUAAGUAUAAAUAGUGUAAAUAUAGUCUUAAAUAUAAGUUAUUUCGAUAGAA